UUCACUAAAACGGCAUUGGAUUUUGCUCUCAGUUGUUUCAGCGUUUGCAUGUGUUUACCUGCUAGCUUGUCUGGAAAUAUGAUUCAAAACAACAAACAUUUCAAGUUUGUGACGAAAGAAAUUGCUAAAGAAUGGGAGAAAUCUGGAAAAGCAGAAAUAAUCAGCAAAUGUGAGCAUUUCAUCUCAGCCCAGAAAAGACCAGUAGAAGUCGUUCAAGGAAAAGAUGUCCGUAGAAUCUUAUACGAAGUCGUUCGUCAAGUUUUGGCGAAAUGUCUCAAGAACGAACAGCUGGUCGGAUUAAUCAGUGCCCUGAAGGUUUGUUUUCUGUUUUGUUUUCUGUUCCCAGCUCUGGUCAAGAAGCCACUGAUAUAA